GAUAUCCAAAAUAUUGCUCAAUCGACAUACGAUUUUAUCAUUAUUAGAAGACGCGCGUCGAUUGAAGUGCGAACGUUUUGUCAAAAAUAGCGUGACGUGAUAAAUGCCUAUUUAAUGACUUGCCAAGAUAAAAUUAGGAUGUCAGUGUCAGUGCAGAAGAUAACGGAGCCCCUGCUGAUCGGCGAGGGCCCGCAUUGGGACGAGACGACGCAAGCCCUAUACUUCGUCGGCACAAACGAACAAACAAUCCACAAAUAUGUGCUAGAAACUGGAGUUCAUACCAAAACAACAUUACCUGGCCGGGUGGGUUUUAUAAUACCAGUAGAGGGCGCGACGGAUCAGUUCGUUGUCGGCGUUGAACAUAACUUCCUGAUAAUUAAUUGGGACGGUGAAGAAGGCAGUGAUGUGAAAAUUAUAAAAGAAUUAGGUGAAGUUGAUCAGGAUUCUCCCAACACUUUCCUCAAUGAUGGCAAAGCUGAUCCAAGGGGCAGAUUAUUUGCAGGUACAAUGUGUGACAUGGGACCUGGUGUUGAAUUCAUACCAGAAAAGGGCGGUUUCUACCGUCUCGACGAGAGAGGUGUUACUCAGUUGUGUGACAAGAUCACCAUCUCUAACGGCCUCGCCUGGGACCUUCAGGAGAAGGCCUUUUAUUACAUUAACACUGUAGAGAAUAAAAUCAGGCGAUACGAUUAUGAUGUGGAAACAGGAGAGAUUUCUAAUCAAAGACACAUAUUUGACCUCAAGAAAAACAAAAUGACUGGCGGUCCUGAUGGUAUGACCAUAGAUACUGACGGAUAUCUAUGGGUUGCUUUAUUCAAUGGGUCUGCAGUCAUCAAAGUGGAUCCAAAAAUUGGCACAGUGGUUGACAAAGUGGCUAUUCCCGCUGAACAGGUCACUUCAGUUACCUUCGGAGGACCGAACUUAGACAUCUUAUUUGUUACAACAGCUAGAUUUAAUCUAGGCUCAGAACAAGAACCGCCGUGUGGCGCCACCUUUAUGGUGACAGGUUUAGGCGCAAAAGGACAUCCUAAUGUCAAAUUUAAAUUGCCGUAAAAGUGAAAUAGAAUUUGUUAUUUUAAUUUUAAACGAGUUUGAAAGUGUAAUUGCUUAAAUUAUAGUUUGUAUGGCGUAUGUAAUAAAUGUUGAUAAUUAAAAUA